UCUUUAUUCUAUGGUCUCCCAGUCGGUGUGUUGGUUUCGGUGAGGCGAGUUUAGCCGUGGGCGUGUCCGCUCCGAUGGACGAAGCUUCGACUUCGUCUUCUGCGUCGAUCGGUGCGCGCGGCUUUGGACGUCCACGCAAGUACGCGAACGAGGCCGAGGCGCGUGAUGCGAGAAAUGCUGCCAGAAGGGCUCGUCGACGAAAGGCUGGAGCUGCUCUGCUGAAGGCACCGUUGUCUCCGAAUUCCCGUCGUGCUCAGCGUUCUGCCGCUAUGAAAGAGAAGCGCCAAAACAAUCCCGACUUGAGAAGGCGUGAAGCCGACCUGAAGAAACAGAAGCGGUCCUCGGAUCCCGAAUUAAGGCGACGUGAGGCCGAGCUGAGGAAACGCAAGCGUAAGGAGGAGGCAUCGGCCAAGAGGGAACGUCGCCGUAUAAAGUUGACAGGAGCCAACAACCGCUUGAAGAAAGCGUUUAUGGACAAACCCUUCGGAAGUGUGUGCAGUGUCUGUGACAGAUUGUGCUUCGCGAACGACUUGAGUGCCGCGAAGGAAUCUGCGUGCGCCUUGCUUGGACAACACUUCCUGGACGACAGAGACGUGACCGCCGUCCAAUGUUGUUCAGGCAUGGGAUGUACGCCUGCUGUCUCGAUGGGUCACUGCGGGGUCGAGAUGGUUAGCAAGGCAACGACCACAGCCAAACUGAAGGUUGACGCUACAACCCAGUGCGCAGUGCUCAGGAUACCAAAGUCCACCAUGGCAUCCAGAGUAAAGCUCACGAGCACAACGGGCAUGCAAACAGAACGCAUCACGGAGGAAGUGGGAGUCGCUGCGCAGACGGAGCUAACCUCGGUGGGCCUCCAAGCUUUGGAAACGCAGUGUCUCGCGCUCAACGAGGCCCUUUACACUGCCCGCAGCGAAAACGAGCAGCUGCAGCUGUCAAAAGCAGCAUUUCAAGGAUGUGAGGCAAAAGUAAUUUUUUACACAGGAAUGCCGAACUUCACACAGUUAAACAGCUUGUUUGAAGUUCUUGAAUCCCAUGUGUCGCACAAUGUAAAUAAUUCAUUGUCAAAGUUUCAAGAGUUCAUUUUGUUUUUGAUGAAGUUGAAGCUGAAUCUGCACAAUGUUGACUUGGGCUUCAGAUUUGGGGUGUCUGAAGCUACAGUGUGUAGAAUAUUUGAUAAGUGGCUGCACUGUGCAUACUGUCGACUUAAGACCCAAAUUGUGUGGCCAGAUCGAACAGCACUGCGUCGUACAAUGCCACAAGCGUUUUACGAUGCAUUUGGUGAUGAUGUGUCAGUCAUCAUCGAUUGUUUUGAACUAAAGAUAGAGCGGCCAUCGUCAUUCCUGCCAAGAAGUGAAACUUGGUCCCAGUAUAAAGGCAGCAAUACGGCCAAGUUCUUAAUCGGCAUUGCUCCUACAGGUGUUGUCACCUUUAUAUCUGAGGGCUGGGGAGGGAGGACUACCGACAGACACAUCACUGAGCACUGUGGUCUGUUGGACUACUUGCUGCCUGGUGAUGUGGUGCUUGCUGAUCGAGGAUUUAACAUAUCAGAAAGUGUUGGAUUUUACUGCGCAAGGCUCCACAUUCCAGCUUUUACCAGAGGUAAAAAACAGCUUUCAGCUGAAGAGGUAGAAAGCACAAGAAAGUUAGCCAAUGUGCGCAUCCAUGUUGAGAGGGUAUUGGCCUAAUCAGAAAUAAAUUUG